AUAUUUCAGACGUCUUCCGGAGAUGUCAGUCCAUCAACUACACCAUGUGGAACCCCAUUAAGUGGAGCACCAAAAUUUGGAACAGUUAUACCAAACAGAAUAUUUGUAGGUGGAAUUGCAGCUAAUACAACAGAACAGGAGCUCAAACAGUUUUUCUCAGCAUAUGGUGCAGUAAAAGAUUCCAAAAUUAUAGCAGAUAGGGCAGGGGUUUCCAAAGGGUAUGGAUUCAUCACUUUUGAAAAUCAGGAAGAUGCUGACCGGAUUAUCAAAAAGGAGUCUGAUAAUCUUGUGUUUAGAGACAGGAAGCUCAAUAUAGGACCACAAGUUUUGCCAAGGGCAUUUGAAUCCCCGGUGUCGCCAGGUGCUGUGAUGUUCUCUAAUGGUGUCCCUUAUACCUACCAGAAUGGCAUGGCAGUGUUUGCAUCUCCAGAAGCAGGUUAUGCUGUACCUCAAGCUCAGCCACAGACAGCAUUAAUGGUCCCACAGACACCACCAGUGUAUGUACAACCACAGUAUGCAACAUACCAAGUACCAGUUUCAGCAUAUAAUUAUACAUCAUUACAGACUUCACCUCAGUGGGCAACUACAGCAGCAGCGGCUGCAGCAAAUGCAGGUCAAUGGCGAUACAUGACACAGAGCCCUACUACAGCUUUGACAGCUACAGCCAACCCUUACAUGAUCGCUAUGCAACCAGAUUUGAUGUAUGCUCAAGUACCACAGGCAUAUCAAGCCCCAGAAUUCACAGAUGCUACUGUUCUUGAUGGCACUGCUGGGGUUGAGGGCAGCAUCUCCAUGGGGGAACAAAGCUUGCAACAACUGGUCAGCCAGCCAAUCGUCUCUGUUACUGAGGCAAAAGUCCCAGCUCCAGCACAAAAUGUGGCUGUGUCAGUCGUGGCGACGACGAUGCAGUAUACACCUCCGGUUGUAACCUGCUCCAUGCAGCAUGACAAGUGUAUCCCUAUGUCUAUAAUUAACUCUGUUAUGUCUACUAAUACUCCAAUUACUACAUCUAGUCCAGUAUCUACAGUCACCACAAGCAAGCAUUCUAGUGUGUGUGCUAUCAAUGUCGCGCCUUAUAAGAAACCAAUUGCAACUGUGUCAAGAAGAAACUUCACAAGUCCCUUCAUUGUAAGGAAUGGACAUAAAGUACAGUGUUUAAUGGUCCCACCAAAAAAUAUGGCUUCCGGACAAUAUGCUUUUAUGGCACAGCUUCCAGAGGAGACUGGUACCCCUACUCCUUGGAGUAUUCCUUGAAGAGAACUGAAGUGAAAAAUUUAUCUGGAAAUGACUAUAAAUAAAACACGUUAUUUGUUUUCUUGUUAAGGUUGCUGGUUUUUAAGUAAUUUGUUUACAAUGUUUUUUUCCCUCCUGUAAAGUGAUUUAUUAGUCCCCUACCGGUUUAACCGGAGGGGACUUUAGGUUUACCCUCCGUCCGUCUGUCUGUCUGUCUGUCAGUCCGUCGGUCCGUCCGUCCACAAAACUGGAUCCCGCGAUAACGCAAAAAGUACUGAAAAUAUUUUUAUGAAACUUGAUAUAUGGAUAGAUGGCAGUAUGGAGAUUAUGCACGUCUUUUUUUUUUCUUCCUAUGUUGAAAAUUCUGGUUGCUAUGGCAACAAAUAGUCUGAAAAUAUGGCAAAUUUAACACAUAAACUGGAUCCAGUGAUAACUCAAAAAGUACUGAAAAUAUUUUUAUGAAACUUGAAAUAUGGGUAGAUGGCAGUCUGGAGAUUAUGCACAUCUUUUUCUUUUCUUCCUAUGUUGAAAAUUCUGGUUGCUAUGGCAACAAAUAGCCUGAAUUUCAAGAUUUCUGAUUUAAAUUUUUCAGCUUUUUCACUAUAUGUUCUUUAUUUCUUAAGGUGUUUACUUCAAACUUUAAAUAUAAGUUUCUGGUCAUCAACCACAUCAUAUGUGACAAGGUUUAUAACUCUAGCACAAAAAUAUCAGUAUUACCUCCCUUGAACUUAGAUUUUUUAGGGGAAAAAAUGUUGUCUUUUUUAAAAUAACUUCUUUAUUUCCUAAUGUAUCUACUUCAAACUUCAUAUAUAUGUUUCUUAUUAUCACUCGACAUUUUUGAGAAGGUUAAAUACUCUAGCAAGACUUUUCCAGAAUUAUGUCCCCCUUUAACUUAGAUUUUUUAAAUAUUAACAAAUAGUCUGAAAAUAUGGCAAAUUUAACACAUAAACUGGAUCCAGUGAUAACUCAAAAAGUACUGAAAAUAUUUUUAUGAAACUUGAAAUAUGGGUAGAUGGCAGUCUGGAGAUUAUGCACAUCUUUUUCUUUUCUUCCUAUGUUGAAAAUUCUGGUUGCCAUGGCAACAAAUAGCCUGAAUUUCAAGAUUUCUGAUUUAAAUUUUUCAGCUUUUUCACUAUAUGUUCUUUAUUUCUUAAGGUGUUUACUUCAAACUUUAAAUUUAAGUUUCUGGUCAUCAACCACAUCAUAUGUGACAAGGUUUAUAACUCUAGCACAAAAAAUAUCAGUAUUACCUCCCUUGAACUUAGAUUUUUAGGGGAAAAAAUGUUGUCUUUUUUAAAUAACUUCUUUAUUUCCUAAUGUAUCUACUUCAAACUUCAUAUUAUAUGUUUCUUAUUAUCACUCGACAUUUUUGAGAAGGUUAAAUACUCUAGCAAGACUAUUUCCAGAAUUAUGUCCCCCUUUUAACUUAGAUUUUUUUCGAGAAACUGGUAUUUUCACUCCAACUUCUUCAUUCCUUAUAGGAUUUACUUUAAAAUCCCACAUCGUAAUAAUAUGACAAGGUUGUAUAAACAUAAUUUCCUUACUAAGCAUGGAAACUUAACACAUUACUGUGAUAUAGACAAACUUAUUUUAUUAUGUUUUGUGGUUGAUAUUUUCAAAUACAGACUUCAUCCUCAAAUUCAUUAUAAAUGGCAAUACACAGGAGUGUAUGACAAUUAAAGAACUUUUUGAGGGACCGGUAGGGGACUACUGUAUUGCCCGCAAUACUAUCAAAUGCUUGUUUUUCUCUGAUUAAUCUAGUAAAAGAUUUCUUUAGUUGUAAUGUAUCAGUAUGCAUGUUACAGUAUGAUUAUUGAAGAAUAAGCAUUCAUGCAUGAGAUCCAUAUGUAUGCUGGGCUAAAUGUAGUUGUUUCAGAUUAGUUCGUUGUUUUAUUGAAUUGAUUGAUGAUUGCAAACCAUGUCGACUGAAUUAUAUGUAUUUUUUGUAUGAUCAUUGCUUAGUGUGAUUUGAGAAAGAAGAUAAUGUGUUGAUGAUGGCUUUUAUACAUAGGAUAAAAUGUAAAAAUGAGCCAUGUAUUAAAAAAAAAAAUUGGAAAAUAGUGUGUAAUUGAUUGAAAGCAAUAAAUUGUUAAUUGCAGGAAAUAAUUAGAAAAACAAAAACAAAAAACAUUAUCAAACUGCUUAACCUGUCCUCUAUUACAGCAAGAAUAAAAAGUUUUUCUUUGGUAAACAAAAAUCUGAUUUGAUCCAAAAAUGGAUUUUAUUCUGAGGAAAAUAGUUACUGACAACUUUGGAGUUUAAUUUUUAGUUUUCUAUUGAAUUUUUAUGUAUUAUGUCAAAACUUUUUGCAAGAGUAAAGUGAAUUCUCGCUGGUAGAUCAAAUAAAAUGAAGAAAUAUUUAUUGAGGUAAAAAAUGUCUACCGUUUACAUUGUUUGUCAGUAUAAUGUAUUUGAUCAUAAUAACCAAGUAUUAAAAGUUAUUUCAUGUUUAAUGAAAGACAAGAAUUUUUAAUAACAGAUUGAUACAGAAUUUAAUAAUUUUGAAUACUCUUUAAUUCCUUUACACUUUUGAUAUUUUUUGUUGAUUAUCAAAUACUUGUAAAAUUAUGCUAGGUAUGAAUGUUGAAUAUAUGUACUUAUUGUAUACACAUGUUUAUAUUGUUUAGCAAGUUGUUGAUAUACCAUUUAGGAAUUUAUCCAUUUGAUAAAAGAUCUUUCAUCUGAAUUUACAUUAUAUCAUUAUAAGUUAUAUAUUGGCCCAGAAUGGUUGACUAAAAUUUUCUUUGCUUUUUGGCCAAAAAUUGAUUUGACAUAAUACUUUUUACAGUUUGGUUUGAAGGAUGUUGAAAUGAGGGAAUUUACUCUUCAAACAGAUAGGAAUUAACUAAUGGAAGCUGUUUUGAGAGAGAUUCUGAUCUGUAAACCACUAUAACAAAGAUUCUAUAUGUAGUUUUAAAUUAUAGAUUGUAAAUCCUUUACUGAAAUUUUAUAAAAAUAUGAUGUAUAUGAUAAUUAUUUGGUCAUAUUUUAUUAGAUUAUUAAAAAAGUCUGUUCAUUUAUGUUUCAUUGUAAUUAACCAUCUAGAUGUGCAUGUUGUGAAAUGAAAAUUAUUGCUCAAAACACCUAUCGUAAUUUCCUUCAAAAAUAUAGUGCCUUCCUUUAUCCAAGAACUAGGUUUUUAAUGUGCUAACAUUGCUUUCAUGUGUAUUUAGAUAUUUACAAAUGUUUUAUAUGUAUGUAUAAUAUGUAAUAUUUUGAGAAUUCUAUCAUGUAUUUUAGAGAUUUAAAUCAUUUCAUUUUCUGCAGCUUCAUCUAUACAUCAGUGAAAAUAUUUCAUUUUAGUCUUAGUAAAAUAAAUAUGGUGCUUAAUACAGUACAUGUAGCUUAUUUCUGUUGUUUUUUUCCAUGAGAAUGCAUCUUAAAUGAUGGUUUUAUUCUUUAAUUAAGGAAGUGAAUAAAAUAUUUGGUACAUUUUAAAAACACUUGUAUGUACAUGAUUGUAAAUUGUUGGAAUUUUCUUUUAUUUGGUGAAUUAUAUACACGUAAAAGCACCUGUAUACAUUAUUGUAAAUUUUUGAGACCAAGUAAUGCUUAUUGAAUGUGAGUAUCCUUAAUUAUUGAAAAAGUAUUGUACAAGUAAUUUGUAUAGAGAUUUUUGAAGAUAGAGAUGAAAAUAAAAUUUAGAUACUCUUGUAAAAUGUUUCUUUGUACAAAAGUGCUAAUCUUUAUUCUAGUAACAAUAAAAGAAAUCGAAUAUU